AUGGCUAAUCUUACAAAGCUUGAGUUGGUUGCCCUUAAUGUUUCGAGCAAGAACUACCUAUCAUGGGUGCUGGAUGCAGAAAUCCAUUUAGAUGCAAUGGGUCCUGGAGACACCAUAAAAGAUAAAAAUAAGGCAUCCAAGCAAGAUUGUGCUAAAGCACUGAUAUUCUUGCGCCAUCAUCUUGAUGAAAUUUUAAAAAUUGAUUAUCUUGCUUUCAAGGAUCCGCUUAUUUUGUGGAAUAACUUGAAAGAAAGGUACGACCACCUGAAGAUGGUCAUCCUCCCAAAAGCAGAGUACAAUUGGAUUCAUCUAAGGUUACAAGACUUUAAGUCAAUUAUAGAAUAUAAUUCUGCGAUGUUCAGAAUUACUUCUCAAUUGAAACUUUGUGGAGAUACAAUUAGUGAUUCUGAUAUGCUGGAAAAGACAUUGUCCACUUUUCAUGCCUGGAAUGUGCUCCUGUAG